ACUGAGUCUCAGCUUGCAGGGCUCCUCCUCGGGGUUCAGGGUAGAUCAGUGGGUAAAGAGUCAGACAGCAGCAGGAAUUUUGAUGAGCGACGUCAGCAGAACCAGUCGGACCGGAUCGAGCCGUGACACGCCUGCCCGCCUCAGAGACAGGUAGAGCCGGUCCGACACACAGGUGAGUCCCAAGCAGGUGUAUAAAUCAGUCCUCCGCAGUCAGACAGUCGUUCACGACACAGUCAAGAUGUUUGUGCUGCUGCUGCUGGCCGGAGCGCUGCUGGGAGGAUACAUCGUCCUCACACAGACUCUCUUCAAAAGAUCCAAAUGUAAAGGAAACGCAGGGAUGGCGGGAAAGACCGUCAUCAUCACAGGAGGGAACACCGGCAUCGGUAAAGCCACGGCUCUGCACCUGGCCAGGAAGGGAGCCAGAGUGAUCCUGGCCUGCCGAAACCGGGACAAAGCCGAGGCCGCCAUCGCAGACAUACAACAGGAGACAGGAAGUACUGACGUGCUCUACAUGCAGUUGGACCUGGCCAGUCUGAAGUCCGUCCGCUGCUUCGCCGAAACUUUCCUAAAAACUGAGUCCAGACUGGAUCUGCUCAUCAACAACGCUGGUCUGGUGGCUGACGGACGGACGGAGGACGGUUUCGGUAUCCAGUUCGGGGUGAACCACCUGGGUCACUUCCUGUUGACCUGCCAGCUGCUGGACAGGCUGAAGGAGGCGGGCGGAGGACGAGUGAUCACCCUGUCCUCCAUGGCUCAUCGCUGGGGACACAUCGACUUCGAGGCUCUGAUGGUGAACAAACACCUGGGGACCGGCAGCUACAGCUGGCAGUUCUUUCAGGCUUACUGCAGCAGCAAACUGUGCAACGUGCUCUUCACCCACGAGCUCGCCAAGAGGCUGAAAGGAACCAACGUCACCUGCUACAGUGUCCACCCAGGCAUCGUGAAGACCGAGCUGUCCAGACACGUCAGCCUGUGGCAGAUGCUCUUCAUCGAGCCCGUUGCCCGGCUGCUGUUCCUAGACACAGAGGCUGGCGCUCAGACCACGCUGCACUGCGCCCUGCAGGAGGGAAUCGAACCUCUGAGCGGGCGUUACUUCACCUGCUGCACCGCACAGGAAGUGUCUGCCCGAGCCCGAGACGACGCCGUGGCCAGAAAACUGUGGGAGAUCAGCGAGAGGUUCAGCGGACUCUCUUAAGGCGGACUGACCAUGAAAGACUUUAAGAUAUUUACUUUAUAUACUUUAAAAGGAUUAUUGUCCAUAAGCAAAGAACUCCCUUUGUGAAAACUGUCACUCAGGUGUUAAAGUGUGAUUUUUAUGUCCUUUAUU